AAGGAGGAGAAGGCGGCCGCGUAGCCUCCGGCGGGGCUCGCGCUCGCCCUCCGCCUCGCCCGAGCCCCGCGAGGGUGAAACGCUUUCUCCCGGCAUGCAGCGGGAGGAGGGAUUUAACACCAAGAUGGCGGACGGCCCGGAUGAGUACGAUAGCGAAGCGGGCUGUGUGCCCCUUCUCCAUCCUGAGGAAAUUAAACCCCAAAGCCAUUAUAACCAUGGAUAUGGUGAACCUCUUGGACGGAAAACUCAUAUUGAUGAUUACAGCACAUGGGACAUAGUCAAGGCUACACAAUACGGAAUAUAUGAACGCUGCCGAGAAUUGGUGGAAGCAGGUUAUGAUGUUCGGCAACCAGACAAAGAAAAUGUUACACUCCUCCAUUGGGCUGCCAUCAAUAACAGGAUAGACUUAGUCAAAUACUAUAUUUCGAAAGGUGCUAUAGUGGAUCAACUUGGAGGCGACCUAAAUUCAACUCCAUUGCACUGGGCCACAAGACAAGGCCAUCUAUCCAUGGUUGUGCAACUAAUGAAAUAUGGUGCAGAUCCUUCAUUAAUUGAUGGAGAAGGAUGUAGCUGUAUCCAUCUGGCUGCUCAGUUUGGACAUACCUCAAUUGUUGCUUAUCUCAUUGCAAAAGGACAGGAUGUAGAUAUGAUGGAUCAGAAUGGAAUGACACCCUUAAUGUGGGCAGCUUAUAGAACACAUAGUGUGGAUCCAACUAGAUUGCUUUUAACAUUCAAUGUUUCAGUUAACCUUGGUGACAAGUAUCACAAAAAUACUGCUCUGCAUUGGGCAGUGCUAGCAGGGAAUACCACAGUCAUUAGUCUUCUUCUGGAAGCUGGAGCUAAUGUGGAUGCCCAGAAUAUCAAGGGUGAAUCAGCACUCGAUUUGGCAAAGCAGAGAAAAAAUGUGUGGAUGAUCAACCAUUUACAAGAGGCAAGGCAAGCAAAAGGAUAUGACAAUCCAUCUUUCCUUAGAAAAUUAAAAGCUGAUAAGGAAUUUCGGCAAAAGGUUAUGCUAGGAACUCCUUUCCUAGUUAUUUGGCUGGUUGGGUUUAUAGCAGACCUAAAUAUUGAUUCUUGGCUCAUUAAAGGGCUAAUGUAUGGUGGUGUUUGGGCUACAGUACAAUUUCUUUCAAAAUCCUUUUUUGAUCAUUCAAUGCAUAGUGCAUUGCCCCUUGGAAUAUAUUUGGCAACCAAAUUCUGGAUGUACGUGACGUGGUUCUUCUGGUUUUGGAAUGAUCUCAACUUUUUAUUUAUCCAUCUUCCAUUCCUUGCCAAUAGUGUUGCACUUUUCUACAAUUUUGGAAAAUCUUGGAAAUCAGAUCCAGGAAUUAUUAAAGCUACAGAAGAACAAAAGAAAAAGACAAUAGUUGAACUUGCAGAGACAGGAAGCCUGGACCUCAGUAUAUUCUGCAGUACCUGUUUGAUACGGAAACCAGUGAGGUCCAAACAUUGUGGUGUGUGCAACCGCUGCAUAGCGAAAUUUGAUCAUCAUUGCCCAUGGGUGGGUAACUGUGUAGGUGCAGGCAACCAUAGAUACUUUAUGGGCUACCUAUUCUUCUUGCUUUUUAUGAUCUGCUGGAUGAUUUAUGGUUGUAUUUCUUACUGGGGACUCCACUGUGAGACCACUUACACCAAGGACGGAUUCUGGACAUACAUUACUCAAAUUGCUACAUGUUCACCUUGGAUGUUUUGGAUGUUUCUGAACAGUGUUUUUCAUUUCAUGUGGGUGGCUGUACUACUCAUGUGUCAGAUGUACCAGAUAUCAUGUUUAGGUAUUACUACAAAUGAAAGAAUGAAUGCCAGAAGAUACAAGCACUUUAAAGUCACAACAACAUCUAUUGAAAGCCCAUUCAACCAUGGAUGUGUAAGGAACAUUAUAGACUUCUUUGAAUUUCGAUGCUGUGGCCUCUUUCGUCCUGUUAUCGUGGACUGGACCAGGCAGUAUACAAUAGAAUAUGACCAAAUAUCAGGAUCUGGGUACCAGCUUGUGUAGCACCAUCUUUAUCUCAUGAAGCAUAUUGCUGAGUGGUGCCUGAAAACUGUGUCUGUCCGUGUCUUUCUCACACUCGAAUCCACAUCCUUUGAACAAUAGCAUGCUAUGUGUAGGGCUAACACUGAAUUUUACAUUCUUUUCUUUGCCCCUCAACACUUAUUAACAAAAGUAAACAUGGACAGAACACACUGCCACUUCUGGGAAGAAGAAAGAUCAUAAAAAAAAAGGAUUUUAAUGGUUCUUAAUAUGGGAAUUCACAACCUACUCAACUUUUUGGUUUUGUUCUCGCAACACUUUUCAUGAAAAAAGAGUGAACUUAUUCUGUCGAUAGACAUGGUAUACUGAUUAGAAAUGUUUAGUUCUAGCUAAAACUAAAUUUAUGGUGUACGGUUAAAGUUUAUGAUGCAGUCUACUGAUAAUAUUGCAUAUAAUUCCAGGAGAGUUGUCUUAAAUUGAUUCAGACUAGUAUUGUGUACAUUUUAGAAUGUACAUGUAAAUACUGUGAUAAAAAUCAUGUGGUUGUAUUAUGGAUCUACUGUAACGUGUCUUCAAAGGCACAAGAAAAUAAUGUUCACAAAAAAUGUGCUAACGAUAAUUUUACUUCUAUCAGCUGUUGCCUUGCUGAUAUAUUUCUAGUUCUGUGAAAUAAUUUGUAGUAACCUUGUUCUGAGGUUUUACGGUCUGAUAAUAAAGCACUUGCAUGAGUAGAAUAAGUCACGUUAUUUUGUUCAAAAUUAAAAGCCCUACUAAGUGCAUGAGACACUUCAUAGAAUGUAUGCUAGGAGACAUUAUCCAGUGAGCAUAAAGUAGAAUUUAAUUUGAUGUCCAAACAAUCCAAUUUUUAAAAGAGUUGAGGUGGUAUUUUCAAGAAAAGGCAGAGCAAAUAAGUGAAUGCAAAUUCUCAGUAACAGAUAAAUGGAUAUCUUUUUUAAUUCUGAGAUGCAAAAGAAAUCGUAGGCAAAAUAAUGGAGUUUAGCUAAAAAUGGAGAAUGAUCUCUACAUAGCACAUGGUGAAUAAAGGAGAAACUAAUGGUAUAUUCUGGUUCUUCAAAAAUGGUUUUAUCAGAAAGUAGAAUUUAAUCCCCAAGAUUAUUUCGAUUUCCCAAAUAUUGGAUGUUUUGAAAUUUGUUAAAGCUGUCUGAAGAAAAUUCAGAAAGAUUUUCUUAUUGUUAAAUGUGAUGCACUGAUCAAUUUUUGUUGCAGCAUUUCCAUACUGUCAUGGUGAACUGCUAGUCACUUGCUUCAUAAAUAUUGUUUACAGAGACUUGGUUUAGUCCUCUUAAGUGCUGUAGCAAACUGUGGUUCGAGCAACCUGUGGGAAACCCGUGAGAGGGAACAGGGUAGGUGGGUGGGUAGGGAGGGCGGUCAGACUGAUGACAGAUGCUAGACCAGUGUAAAGAAUGUCUAUCUGUAUAUAAAUAAUUUAUCAAAUAAUUUUCUCUGUGUCUGUGUUAGUAUAUUUAAAGCUGCUCAUUUCAUUUUAUCCAACCAGAAGAAAAGGGAGAUAACUAAUGAGCUUCUAGCGAUGUUCAAUAUUGCUGUUAAUAGGCAUUAUACCCUGCAAGUUCACUGCAUGUCUGAUGCUUGGUAAAAUUAGUAUUUCCUGCAAAAUGCAGAUUACAGGUAUUAAAGCAAUCUAGUGGUAUAACCCGCCCCUUGCCUUAGUAAGAGGAGCAGUGAAAAUGUAUAUAGUUGAUGUUCAGUAUUUCCAAGUACAAUUUUUUUUUAUAUAUAGUAGUUUCUUUGACCAUAAGUCACACAUCAGAAAAGAAUAUUACCCUUAGUGUGAGUGUUUUAAUAUUAGAAAAUUGGCAUAUGUACUUUAUUUUUGAAAAGGGAAGAGAUGGGUGUGGGGUGGCAAUAGCACUGUGCCAUUUUUGUCAUAGAAUGUAAAAAAUUGGUUAACUUUACAAAUGUCUCUGCUAGUUUUGACUACUAAUUGGGGGAAAUUUUAGAUGAUUUUUAAAUUCAAAGUUAUUUAUACAAUGCUAGAAUUUUGUUUUAAUUUUUGUAUUUUGAACCACUUCACAUGAAAACUCAGUUGCAAUUUUUAUCAGAUACAUUUUUAUGAACAGUCUAAGACUAUGGUGGUUUUCUCAGAGUUUAGAUAAGAGUGUUGAUACCAUUUUCUUUGUGGUACAAUAUUUAGUGCACAUGGCACGUGUGUGAGUUAAACAGAAAAAAAAACCUCUAGAUGUAUAGUUACGUGGAAAGUACUAGCAACGUGAAUGCUUUAGUACUAACCAUCUCAUAGUACCAAUGAAAUUUGUAACUUGGAAAUGGUCAGGUGAUCAGGAGCCAACUAUGCAGCAGUGUACCGUCUGUUUAAUUAUUUUGUAGGUCCUCUGUGUGGAACCAGCUUAACCUACUUCCAAAGUUGUGUGUGAAGGUGAUCCAUUUGGGAACAGUUCAUAUCAGCUUAAUUGGAUGAUUUUAGGAAAUAACAGUUUAGUCUCAGCCCUGAACAUGAAUUUCCUCCUUGGCAGUUUUUAUUCAUAUUUUUUGUGUUCCCAGAAAUUUAUUUGAAAUAUUAGUGGGCGUAAAACAGCAUCAUUACAUCUUAAGCUAUGGAUAUUUUUAUUUUAUAUUUUAUUUAUAACUGUGCCAAGUAUUAUUUUACUACUUACUGUGUUACUCUGUGGAAAGAAAAACUUGUAAAGUGUUUAAUAAAUUAGCUCUCCUUACAUAAAUUAAAUGUCAAAAUUUUGUAAAAUAUUAAUCAGAAUAAAUAUUGACUCUUAAGUAUGUGCUUGUCUUGUGAUUUCACUCAGUUCACUUCAAAAGGUUAAGUAGGCUGGAAGUGGAACCUGUGUUAUGAGAUUAUAUACGUAUUGCCUGGUCAACGAGGAGUUAAGUGGCAUGAGACUGAAGAAAUUUGCAAAAAUAAAUGAUGGUGUGUGUGUGUGGUGUUUUCCUCAGAAGAAGAAUAAAGAAUCCUCAGGGACUGAAUGAAUCUCCAAGUGUUAACUCUGAGAAUGUCUACAGCCACUAUGGCAAAAUUAAACCUACCAAAUAUUGAUCUUAUUUACUUGAGAAGUUCUGCAUGACAAAGAAAGCUUUUUGAUUUGGCAAUUAGAAAAGCAAAAAUGAUGAAGGAAUCCUUCCCUUUUGCUCAAGUGGUUGUUAAUGGCUUGAGAGCCCAGUAGUAUUAAACAAAUAUUUUUAGAUUAAACUAAUACUCAAUUCAUAAUUACUUUGAUAUUGAACGUAAUGCUCCAGAAUUGGCUAGAGCUUAAGUAACACUUUUGAACAAAUGUAUAAAAUACAGUAAACUCUACCACAAGGCAUCGGGUUUAAUUCCAGUUGGAAUUAAAAGUUUAAUUACUUUCUGUAGUCUCUAGGUGGUGCAAACUGUUAGCACCCUCAGCUGCUAACCAAAAGGUUGGCAGUUUGAGUCUGCUAAGAGCACCUCAGAAAAGGCCUGAUGAUGUACUUCUGAAAAAUGAACCAUUGAAAACCCUUGGAGCACAGUUCUAGUCUGACGCACAUGGGGUUCCCAUGAGUUGGAGUGGACUCGAUGGCAACCGGGCUUUUUUGUUUAAGAACUUUCUCCCCUUCUUUGUCUACUUGUCUAGAUCCCCCAACCCUUGCCAGAUUGGUAGAUCAGACCUGUGAUGUGGAUAUCUGAUUCUAAGAGUUUAGAGAUAAUUGGAAACAAGUGUCAUGUUCCAGGAUAGGAAGUCUUAGCUUUUUGUAGGAAAAUAUUUUUUAUAUGACUUUUAAAAGAGAGAAAUUGUAAUUACAAGUAAAAUUUUGAGAGCGCCCCUUGAUCAAAGUUAGCUUAGCCACAAACUCAAGGAAACCAGAUAGAUGCAAGUCUUAGAAAACUUGACAAUUCAGGAGUAUGAAUGUUUUGCCCAGGUGAGUUUUACUAAAAUAUUUGUCAAUAUUUUUAAUAGACAGUAAUGUCUUUAGUACUUGGAAAGAGGGACUGUUUCCAUUCAAAGCAUUGGAAAGGCUCACUUUUGCUAUUUCUAUUAAUUUCCAUGAAUAAGAUGUUAAAUUUUGAGAAUAUAAUGUAUGUGUGUUUUUCUCAAAGAGAUGGUUAGGAACCAUUAUCCCAUAGUUAGGGGAUAGCCAGCAAGUGCCAAAGAACCUGCUAAGACUUCCUGUGAGAGAGGAAAAUGUCAUAAUAGCCGGUUUUUAUACAAGUUUUAAAGAUUGUAUUUCAUUUUACUUGGAUCUUGCCAGUGUUCUAUAGUAUAAUGAAAUAUAUGGCAAAAAAGGCAGAUGCUUCUUAAGCAGUAAAUAUUAACAUGAUUUUAAUAAAAGUAUUUAGACAAAACGAUUUCAGUAAUAUACCUUAUGGGAAAAAUGGUGUUUUAUACUUAGCGCAAGAGGUCAGCAGUUCAAAUCCACCAGGUGCUCCUCGGAAACUCUAUGAGGCAGUUGUUCUUCUCUGUCCUGUAGGGUCACUAUGACUUGGAGUUGACUCAGUGGCAACGGGUGGGGAGGUGGUGUGCACAUUUCUGUUCUGUGUAGCUCUCCUCUCCACUCCUGUUAACGCUAGCCACCUUGUUCUACCUAAACUCUCGGCUCUUGUUUCCUGGCAGGCUCCACCUGAGUUCUCUUUGCACAAUAUCCCAGGUGCUCCCUCAAAGCAGUAAGUUGUAGUAAUCAUAAGAUUGAUGUUAUUUUUUUCCCCCCAUAAAGGUCCUUUGUUGCCUGGCAUUUUUUCAGGUUUUUUUUUUUGUUGUUGUUGUUGUUCAGGUGAGAGGGUAAAUGUGGUACCUCUUAUUCCAUCUAGGCUAUAAGUGGAUGUCUGAAUGCAUUUUUUUAAAAAUUUCUUUGUCAUACGGAAUAUUGAUGGACAUAACUGUCAUGAACAAAAGUGCUCUGGGGUCCUCGAUAAUUUAAGAACAUAAAAGGGUCCUGAGACCAAAAAGUUUGGGAACCACUGUUUGAGACCAGCAUUUUCUGAACAGUGUUCUUUAAGAUGUUAGCAGUUCAGUGGAUAACUAAUUCAGGUAAGGCUUUCUUCAAUAUAAAGCAGAUUUCUCCACCACAAGAUUUCAAGGCCUUCAGCAUGCAAGUGUGCAGUGUGAAUCCUCAAGGGUAUGUACAUAUAUAUAGGUCUGUAAUUGCAGCACUCCCUAAACUUAUUUGAUCAGAACACUUUUUUCGAACUAAAGUUGUCAGCAAUCUUUCAUAAAUAAACCACUGGAAUGGGCUGAAAAUAUUAUAAAUGUAGUUUUAAGAAUAAAAAAUGUGUUUAUUGACCAUGCAGCACUUUAACAUGGCAUUUGGAUUACUUUGGGGCUACCUGCUGACCUAACUUACAUCCAAAUGACCACAGAGACUACUGCCUAAAGUCAAAUUCUCAUUUCUAUUCCUGGAACCACUUCAAGUUUUGGAGCGGCUCCCAACUAAAUCAAGAAUGAUUUUAAUUAUUUGUCUUAAUUGUUCAUUUUACUAGACAGAAAUCUCAAAUUUCCAGGCACCUGGUAACCACAUUUAGAACAUUAACCUCUAGAAUAUCUACUAGCAUCUCCAGUAGUUUGGGAAACACGGUAGGUGUGGGAAUUGUUGGUUCUGUGUAAGGAACAACUUAUUGUGUAUAUGAUUCUGGUUAUUACCGUUGCAUAUCAAACCACCCAAAACUUACUGGCUUAAAACAGUAUUUUUUUCACAGACCUGCGGUUUGGUCAGUGCGCAGCAGGAGUGCUGACUUUGUUCCACUUGAUGUCAGCUGGGAUGGUUCAGAGCUGGGGACUGGAAUAAUUUGAAAGCUCACUUGCUGACAUGUCUGAUAGCUCAUACUGGUUGUUGAGACCUCAGUUGAGACUAUAGCUACAAUACUUACAUGUGGCCUCCCCUUAUAUUUUGGGUUUCCUCAGAACAUAGUGGCAGAGCUCCAGGGGUGAACAUCCCGAGAGAAAGAGGCAGGUAAAAGCUGCAUUGUCUUUUUUAACCUAGCCAGGUCCAUCACAUUCCAUGAAUUAAAAAUGAGUCACUAGGGUCAGCCUAUAUUCAAAAGAAAGGACUUUAGAGUCCAGCAUUUCAUGGGAAUUUCAAAGAAUUGGUGGACAUGGUUUAAAACUACCACAUACAGAAUCAGGAGUUACUCAACUUACGUAUUUUCUUGCCAAUUAACUGUUUUCCAGCCUGCUUAACAAAAAGACAUUCCUCCCUCCCAUGAUGGAACUGGUAUGACUUAUAAAACACCUGAAGUACCUCAAAGCUAUAAAUGUACAUAAGCAUGAACCGUUUCACCCAGUUUAUCCUCAGCUUUCAAAAUAAGCAAUAUAGUAUGUUAAGAUAGGUUUUGGAAAAGAUUAAGAUGUAUUUCUAGAUCAAGCAUACCACAGACCAAUUUCACAGCCUGCUACCCUCCCUUACCCCUUGCGGGUGUGGGUAGAGCCAGGCUGAGUCUCUGGUAGGGAACUAGAAACUUCUUUUGGGGGAAUGAUGAAAACAUUCCUAUAGUACAGUACUCCUUUCCUACCUGAGCUAGCUGACUGUGCUCAAGCAAUGCUAUAUUCCUUGCUUCUUACGCAAAAUAGAACUAUGAGAAAAAAUCACCCCAGCUUCCAGUAAAUCACCAUCUAUCAGAAAAAUGGAAAAAAGACUCACGUUGUUAAGAAUUUCAUUUUACUUGGGCCCACAAUCAACAGCCACAGAAGUAGCAGUCAAGAAAUCAGAUGAUGCAUUGCAUUGGGCAAGUCUCCUGCAAAAGAUCUCUUUAAAAUGUUAAAAAGCAAAGAUGUCACUGACCCAGGCCAUGGUGUUUUCAAUUGCCUCAUGCAUGCAAAAGCUGGACAAUGAAUAAAGACCAAAGAAUCAUCAAUACCUUGGAAUUAUGGUGUUAGUGAAGAAUAUUCAAUAUACCAUGGACUGCCAGAAGAACAAACAAAUCUGUCUCGGACAAAGUACAGCCAGAAUGUUCCUUAGAUGCGAGGAUGGCGGAACUAUCUCACAUACUUUGGACAUGUUAUCAGAAGGGACUAGUCCCUGGAGAAGGAGGACAUCAUGCUUGGUAGAUAGCAGGUUGGUGAAAAAGUGGAAGAUGCUCAAUGAGCUGGAUUGACACAGUGCUUGCAACAAUAGGCUCAAACAUACCCAUUGUGAGGAAUGGUCUUGGACUGGGCAGGGUUUCGUUCUGUUGGUCACUAUGAGUCGGAACUAACAUGAUGGCACCUAACAGCAACAUCAGAUUAGAGUGUAGAGUCUAGAAAGUCAUGCUAAGCCUCAGAUUCUAUAUACCUGUUUAUAAUGAUCUUUAGCUACAGAUAAAGACGAGAAUUUAAGCGUUUAAAACUGUGCCCAGCCUAUGUCAGUGUGCCUUUCUGGGGAACUUGUUAAAAGAUUUUUGGCCACACAUCUAGAGAUUCUGCUUCUGUGGGGAUGAAGUGGAGCCUAGGAAUCUGCCUUUUAAUACCUGCAAGUGAUCCUGAUACAUACAGGUUGUCUGCAAGGCAUACUUUGGGAAACUCUGCACCAGGCUACAGUAGGGCAGGCAGGCAGCAGAUGCUGCACUGUUGACUGCCAACUCUGAGGGGGCUGAAAUGGUGAUGCCCAUUGCCUGCCAACCCUCACUCUUGAGACAUAGUUAUUACCAGCUUGAAAAAGAUAGAUACCCCUUCCUACAGCUAUAAACUAUUAACCUAGUGAGUCAACUGGGUAAUGAGGUUAACUCGUUAACAAAAUGGAGGUAGGAAGCCAAAUGAUUUUCCAGUAACUGAAAUCACAACGUUCAUCUAAAACGUUAAUUGAAAGACACUGAACACCCAAACAAAGCU